CACCAUCGACGCUGAAGUUCUUUACUUCAUUCAUUUCUUGCACUUUUUCUACAACACCAAGAAAAUCAAAACCAUUCUUUUCUUCCAAAACCUCCCCUUUCUCAUCGCUUCAAUCCCACUCCAUCACCAGUAUAUCUAUCACAAACCCCAACUCCCUCUUCUCAAUUCUCAUCACAAAUAGAAACCAAACAGACAAUAACAAUGAUGCUCAGAAUUCGAAGCCGCGACGGCCUAGAACGAGUGAAAGUCGAAAAUCCCAACGGAACAAAAGUCUCCGAACUCAAAACCAUCAUCCAAAAACAAUUGGGAAUUCCCACACAUAACCAAACCCUAUCAACUAAUCAAAAUCUUUUACUUGCCAAAUCCAUUGAAGAUCUUAUUCGAUUCAACGAUAUGUCAAACCCUAACACUCCAAUUUCCGCUUUAAACCUCUCUCACGGUUCGAUCGUGUUUUUAGCCUACGAAGGUGAACGUAGGGUUCCAGGUCCCACCGCUUUCAGCCCCGCCGGUUCAUUUGGCCGGAAGAUGACCAUGGACGAUCUCAUCGCGAAACAGAUGCGUGUUUCUCGACAAGAGAAUCCGCAUUGCGAAUUGGUAUCGUUUGAUCGUGAUUGUGCCAACGCGUUUCAACACUACGUGAACGAGACGCUCGCGUUUGCGGUUAAGAGAGGUGGGUUUAUGUACGGUACUGUUUCGGAAGAAGGUAAGGUUGAGGUGAAUUUCAUAUAUGAACCACCGCAACAGGGUUUAGAGGAGAAUCUUUUGUUUUUUAGGGAUCCUGAAGAAGAGAAAAUUGUGGAAGCUAUUGCGAUCGGGUUAGGAAUGAGAAGGGUUGGGUUUAUUUUUACACAAACUGUGAGUCAGGAUAAAAAGGAUUAUACUUUGUCUUAUAGGGAAGUGCUUCAAGCUGCUGAGUAUCAUGCUGAGAGUGGUUUGAAGGAAUGGGUUACUGCUGUUGUGAAGCUUGAGGUGAACGAGGAAAUGGGUGGUGCUGAUGUUCAUUUUGAAGCUUUUCAGAUAAGUGAUGUGUGUAUUAGGUUGUUUAAGGAAGGUUGGUUUGUUACCGAAAUUAAAGAGGAUCAUGAUCCUAAGUUGUCUAUAAUGAAAAAGGAUGUUGUUGUUGGUGUUAAGGAUACUAAAGAGGUUGAUAAUGAUUUCUUUCUGGUUGUCGUUAAAAUCGCGGAUCAUCAGGGCCCUCUUUCUACAGCAUUUCCAGUCGAGAAUCGGAAUACUCAAGUGACCAUGAAGGCACUGAAGAAUCAUCUUGAACGGACUAAAAAUCUUCCAUUUGUGAAGCGGAUUUCCGAUUUUCAUCUUCUCCUCGUAUUAGCGAGGGUUUUGGACCUGGCUUCUGAUGUUCCUGCAUUGGCAGAAUGUGUGCAGGCACAAGGUGCUGUACCAGAAGGUUACCAGAUCCUUAUUGAGUCCAUGGCUAGCGCUGCUUGAUGCUGUAUGCAGGUGCUCCGGGCUCAUGUAGGACUAAGACAUAAACAUCUUGCACUAAAUGUGCAUAUAUCCCCAUUGCACACACAAUGUUUAUAAGUCGGUUUAAAACGUUACUUCUCAUGGCAUUGCUGCGUAAAUGAGCUGAUAUUGUGAUCGACGUGUGUUGAUGUUUAAAUUGAUUGGAAAUAGAUCUUAUGAGAUUCAAUAUUUUAUGUUCGAUGAUACUACAAAUAAUGGUAUUAAGACUAUUAAAAAUGUUUGUUCAAGGCUGCUGGA